UGCAAAACAGGACAAAAGUUUUGGCCUAUAUAAGAGGCUCCUUAAUUUAUGUAGUCACAAACAUACUGUAAGAGAAAAAAAGAAAAUGUCACCGGCAGAGCUUGAACUUCCUGGCUUCCGCUUUCAUCCUACUGAAGAAGAACUUAUCAACUUCUACCUCAAAAGGAUUAUCGAUGACAACAAACUUGAUUCCAAUGUCAUUGGUUUUCUCAACAUUUACCUGUCUGAUCCUUGGGAGUUACCUGGGUUGGCAAAACCAGGGGAAAGAGAGUGGUAUUUUUUUGUACCAAUAAACAGGAAACAUGGUCCUAAAGGGAAGCCCAACAGAACAACAAGAAAUGGUUUCUGGAAAGCAACUGGUUCGGAUCGCCCAAUUCGUUCUUAUUUAGACCCGAAAAAGAUUAUUGGGCUCAAGAAAACUUUGGUUUUCUAUGGUGGAAGGGCACCUAAAGGCAGCAGAACAGAUUGGGUCAUGAAUGAGUACAGACUUCCUGAUGAACAUAAGGAUCAUGACAUAGUACUUUGCAAAGUCUACAGAAAGGCAACCUCCUUUAAAGAAUUGGAGCAAAGGGCAACGGUUGAAGAAGAUGCAGCAAAAACAUACAUGCCAACUCCUCAUGAAUCACAGGACAUACUUGGUUCUUUAGAAUCAUCAAAAAAUGACAUGUAUUUCAAAAGUUGUGAAGAAGAAAAUUAUCACACAACACUGACGCUACCUCAAUUGUCUGGUUCAAAUGCAUUUGUGGAACCAUCCAAGUUUAGCAUUGACUCAUUGUCAAGUCCUCUCUGGACUGAACUGCAAAACACAGGGCAAGACUUUUGGAGUCUAUUUUCUUUGUCCUGACGUGAUUAAUUACUUACUUCUUUAAGCUAGAAUGAGAUAUUUCAAUAUGGAAGUUUUUAAUGGACUUUAGUAAUUGCAUGUUUGAUGUCGAAGUAAUUGACUUGUGGAAAAUAAUUGUAAUCUGACAAUUUUGACGUUAUUGCUGUUUAGUUCAUUUAGGAAUCUUGAUGUUCCCAAGUUCUCUGUGUUA